GCAGCGACGGCUGGGGGCUGGGCCAGCUCCACGCUUGGGGCCGCGAGGGCCGCAUGAAGUUCGACCGCAAGCUGCGCAACAAGGUCACGUUGCCCUACGACGUGGACCCCACCGACAGCUGCGGCUCGCUGUGCCCUGGGUUCGGGGGCGGCAAGCUCGAUGUCGGCCACCCGAUGUCGCGGGGGCCCAGCAAGCACUGGCGCGAGGUGUUGACCAAAGCGGGGAUCCAGCUGGACAAGCUGGCCGAACUCCACAGAGAGAUGUACAAGGCGUCCGAGGCCGACCCGCGCAUGCUGGUCAGGAAGGACAGGCCCAUGCCAG